GGGAAAUGAAGGAAUUGAACAUAUGUAUUGUGUUUACGUCAUAGCCGCGUCACCACAGUUUAACUCUAUUCUGUAUUGUUGUUAGUUGUUGGUCAUUUGUAUUUUGCAUUUUAUCUUUCGGUUGGGUAUUGUAGAAAGAGUUGUAAUAAUGGAAUUGGUGCGAGAUUUGGUCCAAAAUCAAAUGAUGUACAUACCAGUACUUCUUGUGAUUUUCCUGGCUAUCUUAGUAUUCGUCUUCGGCUUCCAAACGGCGAAGGAACCCCCUUUUGUCAAUCUCACGAAUGAAGAAAGAAAACAACAAAACAGGAAAAGAAAAUUGAAAGAAAAGAAACCAACAUCAAAUGGCAAUGCUGGCGGUGGACAAUCAAAAGGAGAAAAGUCGCCACAAAAAGAAUCCAAGCAGUCACCUCAGAAAGAAAAUAAUGAAGUGAAGCAAAAAGAUAAGAAACUAGAAGUAAAUAACAAAGUUGCUGAAAAAAACAGAAAAAAUGAAACAAUUAAAGGUAAAGUAACGGAGGAAGUGAAAUCCAAAAAAAUAAUGAAGAAAAUAUUGAAUGAAAAACCUGCAGAUUUUGAUGAAGGCGAUUGGGAAACUGUGCCUGCCAAAGGUGACAAAAAGAAAAAACAAGAAACUCCAACCAAAAAAGAAAAGAAGAGCAAGAAAGCUGACAAACCUGCAGAAAUGGAAAAAAUUGAGAAAGACUCCGUUAAUAAGGAAAUUCAAACAGAAACUGAAAAAGAAGUGAGUGUAGAAAAAGUUGUUGAAGAAGUGAAGAAGAAUGAGGAUCCUAUUCCCGAACCAGUACCACUUAUCGAAGAAAAAAAGGAGAAAAAGAAAGAAAAGAAAACAAAGAAGGAGAAAGAUAUUCCUAAAGAGUCAAUGUCACUAGGAGAGGAAAUUGCGGAAGCAAUUAAAUUAAUGUCUGAAAAUCAAGAAACUGAAAAUAAAGUAACUGUAGCGGAGCCUUCUCCUGUUGAAGAGAAAAAAGGAAAGAAGCAAGGUGCUAAAACUGCUGCUGCUGUUACUGAAGUAUCUGGAAAUGUUGCAUUUGAUGAAUUAGGAGAUUCCUGGACUGAAGCGAAGGUUCAAAAAAAAAGUAAAAAAAAAGCCAGAAAGGAUAACUAGGAAUAGUACAAUUCCGCGGCAUUCCUUUUGCCAAUUUUGUGAUUUCCAUGUGCUACGAGAUGUUUGAUCUCAAUACCUACGAAAGACUUAGAAGCCAUUCUAGAAACAGAAGAUUCAUGACCUUUUAUAUUGCAGUUCGCAGGAAGCUUCAGUGCUUAUAGUUUUAGUGAAAUUGUAAGGUUAAACAUUUUUGUAUACUAAGAUAAUAAUCAUGGAAGAACCUGCCUUGGGUGACCAUAUCUUUUGGUCUAUCUCAAUUUUCUAAUCAUAAAUACUUGAAAUGAAAACACCAAUAAAUUAUUGGUAUAAGCUAAAUGUGAAGAAGUAACCAUUACAGUGAAAAGUGUCGAGUGAACAUACUUUGUAGUUAAAAAUGCUGAUUACAUUAUAUUGGAGAAGCAUUUUGUGAAUUUUUCAACAAACGUUUCUUUCAUUUCAGAUAAUGUAGGUAUCUAAAUUUUAGUGCUAUUAUUUUUUAUUCUAACUUAAAUAAUUUAAUUGUGGUUUACAAAAUUUUCACUUUCAUACAUUCCCAUUUUGUGUUUUUUCAAUAGUAGUAUAUUAUAUAAUGUCCAAAUGGAAUUGAUAUUUUCUCAAUACAUGUUUCAAAAAAUAUAGUUCAUAAAUUUUUAUUUUCGUUUUCUGUUUGUUAAUCUUAGUACUGUUACUUCUAUUGUUUUAGUUUUUUUUGUUAUUCAGCUUGUAUAUUCUUCGAUUAAAAUUUUAAAAAGCUGAAUUUUUUCAAAGUGAGUUUCCUUCUAGUAGUGUUUAAAAUCGUUCUUUUAAUCUUAAAGAUGUACCGAAUUCAACUUUAUGCUGGAGUAUUAUAUUACAAAGAUUUGAUGUAAAUGAAAAAAAAAUUGAUCAGGAGAACUAUUCAGAAGCAUUCAACCAUUGAUGUCAAAUCAAUAGCAUAUAUAUUUUAAACAUUUCGACAUUUAUAAAGUUUGUGGGCCAGGAAACAAUAAUGCAAGGUGAUCAUAUUUUUUCUUAAAACUUGAAAUCCUUGAAGACUAAUAACAAUAAGUGAUAAGUCAGGAUAUCAUCGAAAAAAAAAUCAUAAACACUGUAGUAAGUGUAUAACGAUAUACUUAAGAAUUAGAUAAGCAUUUUGUAAAUGUAAUUAAAUUUUCAAGGGCUUGAAUAUAUUUUUAGUAUAAAAACAAUGAUUUUUGCAUAGAACUAUCAUAAAGUUUUCUGAUACUAUACAUAAGAUUUGGAAUGUAUGUGCCAAGACUUUUAGAUGUUAUCAAAAUAAUGUAUCACUUAAUCAAUGAAAUCAAUGGCCUUAUGACUGUGCGGUUUGUUGCAAAUAUUCAUAUUUUUAAUAAUAAAUUUCUACGAGGUAGGAAUAAUUGCUGUUUGAUGUCUUCCACAUCUUCGGUUGUACCUUAGUUCAUUUAAGGUCUGAUUAUUAGUAUAAUCAAAUAAAUCGGUUUUCUACUUGACAAUGACAAUUUUAAUGUUUGAUCAGCCACUAUUGGCAUAUCGAUCUUGUCAAAACUGAAUGUUUUCAAAUAAAAUUGUUUCAUCCAUUGGUUUGAACAGAAAAAUUUCAAAGAAGAAAAGACUCAAUGAAUAAAUUACUUUUACUGAUUGAAUGUGAAGAAGCACAUAAAAAUAUUUGGCGAAACUACAAUUUUUGUAAAUAUAAAUUUGGCAUGAGUUCGGAACAAAUGGGUCUGUUUUAGAAUAAAUUCUUGAAUAUAUGUUGUUGCGAAGAAUAUAAAAUAUGUAUUCACAUUCCUUGCAAUUAUAAUUUGCCUGAAUGCUGAAAUCUGCAAAAGUAUUCUUGUAAAUUAAACAUGAUGUAUUUCACACACAUAUAAUUCAAACUUUUUGGUCAAAGUUCAGUUUCAGAGUUGUCAAUUAGUAUUACUUUUAUUUAAGAUUGGUUAUAGAUGGACCAUGCAGCAUACACUCAGAUGUAGUAGCAUUGAUUUUUUAAUGAUGAAGGUUUUCUGGCAUGUUUUAACCUAAAAAAGUUGAAUAGUAGUGUAAUUUAUUUGAAAUUUCUGCUCAGUUGCAUUAGUGUACCUUUGGCAGUACACUAAAAAAUCUGUAGUUCAGAAUAUAUGUAUAUAGAUGAAUUUGUGGCAAAUUUUCAGUACUUUUGUAUUGAUUUCGCUAAAAAAUGUAUUUAUUGUAAGCGAAAAACUCGCAGGGUUUUUAUUCACCAAAAUACAUUAAUAUAAUAUGGUAUUUUUUAGGAUGAAUGGUAAUAAGGACUUUAGUAGUUCAUUUUAAUAUUUUUGAAGUGAUGCUAAUAUUUUGUACAUAAUUAUUCUUUAUGGCUUGAGUUGUGAAUUUCUUUGUCAUUUGUGGAAUGUUUUUUUGGGGACCAUUGUGAAAAUAUAUUUUAAAAACUCA